AUUUUCCUAAUAUAUAAAAAUGAAUGAUCUAAAUAUAUCACACAAGAUUGGGAGUGGAGCCUUUAGUUAAGUCUACUUGGGUACUUACAAGAGUAGGUAAGUCGCAGUCAAGGUAAGCUUGGAGAAGUAAGUUAGGUGCUGGAGAAAUCAGUUCCAUGUUAUUGUGAAUUGUUUAAUCGUGAAGUAGAAAUACUAGAGUAACUUUAACAUCCUAAUUUAGUGAAGUACAUUACGGUAUAUAGUAUAAUCAUUAUCACAGAGUUACGAAACAUUUGAAAAAUUAUACAUAGUGAUGGAUUAUGUUGAGGGUUCAAAUUUGACUGAAUUGAGCAAAUCCAACCUAAGUGAACAGAAGAUCAGAAGUAUAAUCAAGCAAUUGCUUAUUGUCUUAACGUAUUUGCACAAUAAGGACAUUACUCACAGAGAUAUAAAGCCUGGUAAUGAAAAUUAUAAAUUUAGAUAAUAUCUUGGUUGGUCUUGACGGCAGAGUGAGACUGAUAGACUUUGGGUUGUCUCAACAAUCAGAAUCUAGAAUCUCAUACGACAAAUGUGGGACUCUCCUCUUCAUGGCUCCAGAGAUGAUAUUAAAAAUGCCAUAUCUUAAGAGUGUAGAUAUGUGGAGUAUAGGAAUUAUCCAAUAUCUUCUCUAUGAGAGAAAACAUCCCUUUAGUUACGAGAACCUCAUAGAGAGUAUUUAGACUUACAAUGUCAAUUUCUCCAUCAUGGACAAGUCCGCAUAAAACUUCUUCAGGAAAUGUGCUGCAGUCAAUCCUGAAGCCAGGAUGUCAGCUGAACAAGCCCUCAUGCAUCCUUGGAUUACUGGAGAAGGAGAUCUAGGAUAGCCCAUCACUAUUCAUGAUAGAAUGGCUAUAUUCUAAAAUAAAUAAAAGUUAAUCUGCUUGAUAAAUGCUCUAUCCUUCAUCAAAUAUUGCACCUCCUUUGUUAAGGCUAUCAGAUUGAUCAUCCCCUUGAAUGAAGAGGUUCCCCAAUAGGAAAUUACACUAAGACAACCGAACUAAGAUGCCACUAACAGAAAAUCUACGUCAAGAAUAAAGUAAGCUAGAUCAACUAGUCAGCUUUUCUUUGAGACUAAUGUUGCUAGUCCAUUAAAGAAAUAAUCUCCAUUUAGAAUAGUUCAGCCGAGGUAAUCGCAAACAAGAUUACAGCAUUCGAAUUCCAUGCAACUUGCUCAAAUGGCUAAAAGGGGAUCUCUUAACAAAUUACCGUAUUAUUCUAUUUUAUAAGGAUAUUAGCCCACUUAAUUCUAGUAAUUCACCUAUAGAAAAGAGAAGAACUAAUAUCAGAUUGCGUUAACUUUGA